CGGUCCAAGAAGCCGUCCGUUACGGAGCAAAUGCUUUAAUGAUUUAUUUGGGAGCUCCCCAAAAUAGCAACCGACGAAAGUUAAGCGAAUUAAAAAUCCCGGAAUUUCAUCAGGCUUUACGCGAAAACAAUAUUGAUAUUAAUAACGUAAUCGUUCAUGCUCCUUAUUUGCUAAAUUUGGGUAAUACGACUAACGAAAAAAUAUUUAAUUUUUCGGUCGCCUUUUUACAAAAAGAAAUGGCUCGCAUGAACGAAAUUGGUCUCAAAACUAUUAUUCUGCAUCCCGGUAGUGCUCUAAAUUCCUCUCCGGAGAAGGCCAUAGCCCAGGUAACCAAAGGUCUUAACUUAGUGCUUCAAACCAACCCAAAUGUGCGUAUUGCUUUGGAAACUAUGUGCCAGAGAAGUGGCGAAAUCGGGGGAACUUUCGCCCAACUCCAAGCCAUAAUCCAGCAAGUCGACCAGCCAGCAAGAGUUGGUGUUUGCUGGGACACUUGUCACCUCUACACAGCGGGUUAUGAUAUUAAGAACAAUCUCGCAGGAAAAAUCGACGCUACUCCUGAGAAAGAGACAUUAACUCCUGCCGAGAGCAACCAUGAAAAAGAGAGGCAAGCAGGAGAAAUAAAGAAAAUUAACCGGGCUAG